AUGAAAUGCCCCGCCAUCUGCGCGACGCUGUUUGCCGCUGUUGUCGCUGCCUCGGAUGUGACGCAGCUUAAGAUUGACGACUUCAAGGAGUUUGUUCAGGACAACGAUCUCGUCCUCGCAGAGUUCUUCGCUCCAUGGUGUGACCACUGCACGGCGCUGGCUCCCGAGUACGAGACAGCCGCCACAACCCUCAAGGAGAAGGAUAUCAAGGUCGUCAAGAUAGACUGCACUGAGGAGCAGGACCUCUGCCAGGAGUACGGCGUUAUGGGCUACCCCACCCUCACGGUCUUCCGUGGCCUUGACAACGUCACGCCCUAUCCGGGCCAGCGCAAGGCCGACGCGAUCAUCUCUUACAUGACUAAACAGACCUUGCCUGCCGUCUCCCAAGUUACGAAGAGCAACCUCGAGAAGUUCAAGACGGCCGACAAGGUCGUCCUGGUCGCCUACUUCGCAGCCGACGACAAGGUAUCAAAUGAGACCUUCACUAGUGUUGCUGACAGUCUGCACGACUCGUACCUCUUUGGCGCCACUAAUGACGCCGCCCUUGCUAAGGCUGAGGGUGUAAAGCAGCCUGGCCUUGUCCUGUAUAAGUCGUUUGACGACGGCAAGGAUGUCUUCACUGAGAAAUUCGACGCUGAGGUCAUUAAGUCGUUUGCCUCGGUCUCCGCUAUUCCGCUUAUUGGGGAGGUUGGCCCUGAGACAAAUGACGAAUAUGUGGCCGCUGGCAUUCCCCUCGCCUUCAUCUUCGCCGAGACCCCUGAGGAGCGAGAGCAGUUCGCUAAGGAGCUGAAGCCCCUUGCUCUCAAGCACAAGGGCACUAUUAACUUCGCUACAGCGGACCCUAACUCUUUCGGCCAGAACGCCGGUUGGUUUAAUCUUAAGCCUGAUCAAUGGCCCGCGUUCGUUAUCCUGCGCUUCGACAAUGACAAGCAGUUCCUAUACGACCAGGACUUGACGAUUAACGAGAAGGACAUCGGCAACUUCGUCCAGGACUUUAUUGACGGCAAAAUUGAGCCCAGCGUCAAGUCUGAGCCUAUCCCCGAGUUCCAGGACGACUCCGUCAGCAUCGUCGUUGCGAAGAACUACCAGGAAAUUGUCAUCGACAACGACCGGGACGUCCUCGUCAAUUUCUAUGCUCCAUGGUGCGACCCUUGCAAAAAAUUUGCUCCUACUUACGAGGAGCUUGGUCAGGCCUUUUCUUUGCCUGAGCUGUCUAAGCUUGUAACUAUCGCAAAGGUCGAUGCCACUGCUAACGACGUUCCUGGUAACAUUAAACGCUUCCCCACCAUCAUGCUCUUCCCCGCAGGCAAGAAGAACUCGCCUAUUGAUCGCUCUGAUUCCCGCAGCAUGGAGGACCUUGCUCAGUUCAUCAGAGAGAACGGCUCCCACAAAGCCGAGGGUGUCCUCCCCGAGAGUGCCAAGGCUAAUAGCGAGAAGCUCGUUGAGCAGGUUGCCGAUAUAGCUUCCAAGGAGGACCACGAUGAGUUGUAA